AAUUUUAAGGUUAUGUUUUUAUUUAAGAGGGUUAUGUUUAAUUUGAAAUUUUAAAAUAUGAAAAUAAGUUUUUAAAAUGUUUUCAAAAGUAAUCAAAGUUUAUUUUAAGCAGUCGAGUAGAUUAUGUUCAACUAAAUCUAAUAUUAAGAACUUAUUAGAAAAUUCUGCUACUUUUGUUGAUAUUAAACCACAACAUUCAGAACAAGAAUGGGCUACUUUACCUUAUCCAGAAGGUUCAAAACCGAGAGUGCAAGGUGAUUAUGAUCCAAGUUCAAAAAUAAAUCCUGAAGAUACUUCGGUAAUCUUAUUCCCCGGUCAAGGUACUCAAUUUGUUGGAAUGGCUAAAGAUCUGUUAAAAUACCCUAUGGCCAGAGAUUUAUUUGAAUUGGCGAAUCAUACGUUAGGAUUUGAUUUACUUAAAAUAUGCUUAGAAGGCCCUCAAAAAGAAUUAGAUAAAACUGAAAAUUGUCAAUUAGCAGUGGUAGUAACAUCGUUAGCUGCUAUUGAACGGUUAAAAGAGGAACGGCCAAAUGCAAUUGAUAAGUGUGUCGCAACGGCUGGUUUUAGUAUUGGCGAAAUAACAUCGUUAAUAUUCUCUGGGGCAAUUCCUUUUGAAAAAGGUUUAAAAUUAGUUCAAGUACGAGGACAUGCUAUGCAAAUGGCAUGUGAUGAAAUCGAAAGUGGAAUGGCUACUGUUUUUUACGGACCGGAUAGCCGAUUAGGGUAUGCUUGUAAAAGGGCUAAAGAAUGGUGUGUUGAACGUGGAAUUGAAGAUCCAGAAUGUACAAUAGCUAAUUAUUUAUAUCCCCAUUGUAAAGUUGUUGCUGGAAAUUUAGAGGCUUUAAAUUUCUUAGAAAAAAAUUCUAAGGAGUUCAAAUUGAAACGGAUUAAACGAUUGCCAGUUAGCGGAGCUUUUCACACCAAAUUAAUGGAACCUGCUUUAGAACCAUUUCGUAAAGCGUUAAGAAAAAUUAAUAUUGAAGAUCCUAUCAUUAGUGUGUAUUCAAAUGUGGAUGGUAAAAAAUAUAGAAACGCUGAACAUAUUGCGAAACAAUUACCAAAACAGAUUGUGAAACCAGUAAAAUGGGAACAAACUUUACAUGUUAUGUACGAACGUGGUGAAGGAACUCAUUUUCCAAGAACAUUUGAAUGUGGUCCUGGAACAUCUUUGAAAAGUAUAUUAAAACAAGUGAAUGCUAAAGCAUGGGAUAAUUGUAUUAGUAUUAAGGCUUAAUAUUGUGUGUUCAUAUAACAAGUUAG